GUUUAUAAACUUUAAAUAGAGUAGUAUACAAUAUAGAGUUACCCAAUUCAUUUAAUGCACGGUUGUCAAUAUAAAACUACUAAACCAGUCAUUCAGUCAAUUACUUAAAAAAAAAACAAUCAAUAAAAUUGGGGCUUGAAAAAGACCUAAUUUUAACCCAUGCAAUCCCGUUUAACGGCCCUCUCAAAACUCCCGCCGACGACGAAGACGACCUCCAUCCUCUGCAACAAUGGCGUCCAGGCGUCUUCGAGCAUUCAAGCGCUGGAUGACCUCAAACAGCAUUCAAUUCAGCGACGCCCUUGAAUUUCUCGACACUGAAACCACCGGAAUCUGCGUCAAAUCAAAAUCCGAACUCAAAGAAGGAGACCUCAUUGCUACAAUCCCUAAGAAUGCUUGCUUAACGAUUCGAACUUCCUCCGCUUCGCCGAUUAUUGAAGACGCUGAUUUUGAUGGGUGUUUAGGGCUUUGUGUUGCGGUUAUGUAUGAGAGAAGCUUGGGUUCGAACUCUAAUUGGGAUGGUUACCUUCAAUUGUUGCCUAAGUUUGAACCGUUGCCAUUGGUUUGGAGUUUGGAUGAUAUUGGUCGUCUUCUUUCUGGUACUGAACUUCAUAAGACAAUGAAAGAAGACAAGGCUCUUGUCUAUGAGGACUGGAAAGAAUGCAUUCUACCUCUAAUUCACUCAGAAAAAUUUGUUAUUGAUUCAAGUUUUUUUGGUGUUGAAGAUUACUUUGCUGCAAAAAGUCUUGUUGCAUCUCGAUCCUUUCAAAUAGAUGAUUACCAUGGUGCUGGUAUGGUUCCUUUAGCAGAUCUUUUUAAUCACAAGACUGGAGCUGAGGAUGUGCACUUCACCACUGCAUUGUUACCUGAUGAAUCUGAUGACAGCGUUGCGAGUGUGACUGAUGAUGAUGAGAUUGAUAGCAGUGAUGAAAUCUCAACUGGGCUAUCUUCGUCUAAAGAGAAUGGCUUGUCAGGUGCCUCAGUGGUUCAGAGUUCUUCAGAUGGUCCUAAAUUAGAUUCUGAAGAGACAGUAGACAAUCCCUUGGUAUUAGAAAUGAUUCUUGUGAAAGAUGUCAAAGCUGGUUCAGAGGUCUUUAACACGUAUGGGUAUGUGGGCAAUGCCGCGUUGCUGCAUAGAUAUGGAUUUACAGAACUAGAUAAUCCUUUUGACAUUAUCAAUAUUGACUUAGAACUUGUGCUUCAAUGGAGUUCAUCUCUCUUUUCUGGUCGUCACAGCAGAGCAAGACUGUCUUUAUGGAGAAAGCUGGGGUACUCCGGCUGUGAAAGCCAGAACUCAGAAUACUUUGAGAUCUCAUAUGAAGGGGAACCCCAACUUGAGCUAUUAAUUUUGCUUUAUAUAGUCUUAUUGCCUGAAGAAACAUAUACUAAGUUGGAUCUCACCUUAGCCUCAAAAGGAAAUCCCAGCGAGUCUAAUCAUUUAAAUACAUCCAAGGCAGGAACAAUUUUGCAGGGGAAAAUAUCUGAAAUGAGUACUGAUAUGUUAUUGACAAAGAGUGUCCGCAAGGCUCUAAUAUCCCUUGCUGAUAUAAGAGAGGGCUUGUAUGGCACAAGCUCAUUGGAACAUGAUAUGGAGAGCUUAAGUAAAUGUGACUGUAGUACAGAAAGGAAGUUGUACCAUUCAUUGGUCCUUCGUGUUAGUGAAAGAAGGAUCAUACAAAAGCUUAGGAAUUAUGCUGAAGCAGGUGCUAAGUUGCUUGGCAAGGCCCCAAGGCUGCAUUUGAGGAAGAAAUUGAAAUCAUGAUAUGGUUCACUAAUCUUGGGUGAAGAAUGGUGUUUUUUGUGGUCAUUUAGAGUUGCGUAAAUUGGAGAAAAGGUUUUCCUAAAUUCAUUGUUUGAUUGAUUCUGAUAUCAGCUAGGUAAGCAUUCUUUUUGUGCAAGGGUUUGAUAAUGAUGGUGAACGGUUACCCAAACUUAGAGGAAGCAUGAUGCAAAGCCAAGUAAUUGCCCUGGCAAAUUUUGUGGACACACAAAUGAUGAAAUUUUGAGCCUUGUGCGACUCCUAUCUUCGAUGGUUGAACUAAUCCGGUGAUCCUGAUGUGUAUUGAUUUCAGAUAUUUCAUUUUGCUCGAUUAAUAUCAGCAGCCCGGUUAAUUUUGUAUGUUCUCUGUUUUUCACUCCAUGCUUUGUGUAUUACUUAUUUGUUCAGAUUAUAUUUGCUAGUUUUAUUUUUUCUUCCUGUUAGAAGGAAACUGUUUCAUGUUGAAAAUGGUUGGUUAAUUAUUUUAAUUAUGAAAUAAUAGAUUUGAUUUCCUGUCA